AUGGGAAGUAUAAAGAAAAGUUUUAAUAUUUUAGAAACGGUUAGCGCAGAACCUAUAUCUGUUCUUGAUUAUGUAAAUGAUACUAUAAGGAAUAAGAGAGAAGAAAAACAGACAAAAAAAAAUUCAUUAAGUGAAUGGGGAUAUAUGAAAAAACCUGAAAAAACAGAUGAACUAAAAUUACAAUGGAAAUUAAUUCAACAUGAAAAUUUAUUUACAAAAAAUGAAUAUAAUAAAAUAAAAAAAGAUGAAAAAAUGCCUGAUUUUUUUCAAGUAGCUACAUUAAUAAAUGGGGAUGACAAAAUAAAAGUUGGAGGGGGAAAAGAAUCUCAAUCAUUACAUACAUCAAAUAGAAGACCAAAAAAAUGUUUAUCUACUUUACAAUUAUUUGAAAAAAAUACUGAAAUGAAACAAUGGUGUAUUAAAAAAUAUACCAAGUUACAGACAGAAAAAAAUAUCGGAGGAAAAUCUUUUAUUCGAAAGCAGAGAAGAGAACUGAUGAAACUCAAAAGGUCAUAA